AGAAGAAGAGAAACUGUUGGUGGCCGAGGUUUGUUUUUGAAAAACGAUCUCAUUACUAUAAUUACCUAACCUUCCAGAGCAAUGGUACGAUCGUAUCAGAUAUGUAUGUGUAAUUGUUUAUAGAUAGGCUACUAAAUGAGCUGAUAUUGCAUUGCGUUCUUUCAAACUGUUACUGACUAGAUAGUUCUCAACCCACUUCUAUCAUUCGUUAUGAAUAGAAAAAGAGCACUUAUAUCGGACACUUUCAGAGUCAAGAAACGAAGAAUUGGGACUGCGACGUUUGGAGCUGACAGUGAUGAAGAUGAUGGACCUCUUAACGUCAGAGCCUCAUUGCAGUACCUAAUGACUCUCUUCCCUCGGAAGCUCUUCAAUGACAGCCUGCCUCAAAUUGUCCUUAAACACCAACUCUACAGCAUGCACAAUGACAAGACUUUGGUGGACCGACAGUUGAGUGAAUUGAGGGAACAGGGGGAGCUUCUGAUGUUCCAGCUAGGCUUUGACGCAGAUGCAUUUGGACUGGUGUUCACGACAGACUACAAGGCCAAGGUCUUGACAGGCGAGAGGGGAAGAGUGACCCAAGGGACAGUGGAAAAGUUUCUAGAGAAAGUGUUGCCUGCCUGCUCAGACCUUAGCUUCAACAAAGACAAGAUGCUGAAGGAGUUUCUUUUCACAGAUUCAGAGAUAACGCAACUAGUGAAGUCAGGGGUUUUGACUGUGAGAGAUGCAGGCAGCUGGUGGCUCUCCAUUCCAAACUCCGGCAGAUUUACCAAAUACUUAAUACAGGGCCGUAAAUCUGUACUUGGAAUGGUCAAGAAAUCCAAAUAUAGCAAAAUCUUAAAGGCAGACCUAGAGGAACGACGCACAAACUCACAGGUCAAAUUCCAAAUGAAAUACCACAUCCAUGACAUCAUUGGUGCAGAGCUCGUAGAAUGUAUACCAACAACUUCAGGAAAGCUCUUACGAUUUAUUGAUGCCUGAAAAUCCGUACUUUUGCAUCAUGGCCACCAAUAACGCAACUGAUCAGAUACAAAGUGGGCAUUGCACAUUUUACUUCUAGUGGGCUGUGGUUUGUUUAUAUUUAUUGCCAUAUUUGGAGUGUUUGAUUUGCCUGUUGUAAAAUAUUAUGGGUUUAUAAAAUGUAGUUGUGAAAUAAGACUUCUUUUUGAAAAGUGAUGGAUUUAGUCAAUAAAAAGUUUUAUUAAAAUGUACUGGCUUCCUCAAAAAAAGUGUCAAUGGCAUUAUCCAUAAAACCAAAAGGUCACAUUGGCUAAAAGAGGAAGUACAGCCCGAUGCCUGAAUAAAACAGUUAACCUCAUUUACUUUUAACCCUCGUCUAACAUUUCAAAUAUGUAAAUAUGCAAAAAUAUAUCAAUGUAGCAAUUCUACUUCUUUAAUCUGUUGCAUGCUAAAAGCAUUAAUUACAAAUAUAUCUAGACUAAGUGAGAUUAAGGUAGUGUUAAUCAUUUAUAGGAGGUACUGAACAGUAAUAUUCGAAGUGUUAGUUUCAAAAUACAGUGAGUGAUGUGUAACUUCUGAGAAUAAUGAAGCAAAUAGCUAAUUCACAUGGUUAUAACCAAGGAUGAUUAUAGAUUAUAUCAUUUUUGAGAGUAGCUUCGUAAAACCAUUUAGAACUUGUGAUUUAGGUGCCUUCCUUCCUGAAGUUUGUUAUGCAGUACAGAUGCUAAUGCAAAUUGUACAUGUUUAAAAAAAUAAAAAUAAAAAAGAUACCCAAACACCAUUUAAAGGUGCCCUCAUUUAGUCUCUUUAUACCCAAACAGUCCUAGCAUCAAAUAUCAUUGUAAAGAGUUACAGGCAUUACAUUUCGUAAACAUUUCAGUUUAAGCUAAACUGAGAAUGUUCUAUAAGGGGUGGCAUGUUUUUGACUGACAGUUAAAAUGUGCUGGGGGGGAUAUUCUCUUGGAAUACUGCACGACAGGCCUUUUGGAUGACUUAACAGCACAGUUGGCACAAACGGCACAGUUGGCACAAACACAAAGCAGACAUGUUGUUCGAUUUAACCAGUCAUGAGUUGCCCCAAAAUGUAUGUCAUCGUCGUCCCCCCUGCCUCAUUGACUUUAUGAUACAUGGACUUAUGUGACUCACUGUGCUCUAAAUGGAAACGUUUGUCACCUUUAAAAAGCUGUGUGGAACAUCAGGAUUACGGAGACGAAAGACAGCCUCUUCAACAUGUUGCUGUCGUCUUUAAGGUUCCUCAUUUAUGAAGUCUUUUACAUACUGUCUCUUACAAACUGUAAAUGAAUACUAGGACAUUUUAACCACAGGCUUCUGUGCAUCUUGCCAAACUUUUGCUGUACGUUUGAGGUGUAAACUUCAAGGAGACACAGCAAGUGCCACUGCUGUCUGCUGUGUAAUUGUAAAACUCUACAACUUUUAAUAUAUGCAGAAUGCAUUUUGGCAACAAGGCUUUCCACUCAAAACAAAA